AUGCAAGCGGGCGGCUUUGACUCCUCUGACGAAGACGCCGCUGAGGAGGACCCGAGGCCGCUCCCGAUCUCCUGGUUGUCUUUGUCUCCUUUCUACUCUUCUGAGUUCCUGGGAUUAUGUUCCCUUCCAGGUUGCAGGUUUAAGGAUGUUAGAAGAAAUCUCCAGAAAGAUAUAGAAGAACUAAAGAACUAUGGGACCCAGGAUAUAUUUGUGCUUUGUACCAGAGGAGAGCUCUCGAAAUACCGAGUACCGAACCUUAUAGACACCUACCAACAGCAUGGGAUCUGUGUGCACCACUAUCCUAUUCCUGAUGGGGAUGCUCCUGACAUUGCCAAGUGCUGCAAAAUUCUGGAAGAGCUCAGAAGCUGCCUGGAAAGUAACCGGAAAACAAUCAUACACUGUUACGGUGGCCUCGGACGCUCAUGUCUCAUAGCUGCGUGUCUCCUGCUUCAGCUUUCGGAUGUGCUGGCACCCCAGCAGGCGAUAGACAGCCUCAGAAACUUGAGAGGAUCUGGGGCGAUACAGACCAUCAAGCAAUACAACUACCUCCAUGACUUUCGAGAGAACCUAGCUGCAUAUCUGGCAACAAAAGAUACGAUACUAAGAUCGGUAUCGCGAUAA